AUGGAAUCUGAUUUAAAUCAAGAUGGAGUGCCUAGACCAUCUUAUGUUUUUAGUGCUGACCCAAUUGCAAGGCCUUCAGAAAUAAAUUUUGAUGGCGUUAAGCUUAAUCUCUCUCGUGAAUUUUCCUUAGUUGCUUCAAGCACUGAGGCAAAUAGUUUGGAAUCCAAAGAUUAUCUCCAGGUUUGUCUUCGAAUAAGACCAUUUACACAGUCAGAAAAAGAACAUGAGUCUGAGGGCUGUGUAUAUAUGCUGGACUCACAGACUAUUCUGCUGAAAGAUCCUCAAAGCAUCCUUGGUCGGUUAAGUGAGAAAAGCUCUGGGCAGAUGGCACAGAAAUUCAGUUUUUCCAAGGUUUUUGGCCCAGAAACUACACAGAAGGAAUUCUUCCAGGGUUGCAUUAUGCAGCCAGUAAAAGACCUCUUGAAAGGACAAAGUCGGCUGAUUUUUACUUAUGGGCUAACCAAUUCAGGCAAAACAUAUACAUUUCAAGGCACAGAAGAAAAUAUUGGUAUUCUGCCGCGAACUUUGAAUGUAUUAUUUGAUAGUCUUCAGGAAAGACUGUAUACAAAGAUGAACCUUAAACCACAUAGAUCAAGAGAAUAUUUACGGUUAUCACCACACCAAGAGAAAGAAGAGGUUGCUAGCAAAAGUGCAUUGCUUCGGCAAAUUAAAGAGGUUGUGAUGCAGAAUGAUAGUUAUGAUACUCUUUAUGGAAGUUUAAUCAACUCUUUGAAUAUCCCAGAGUUUGAAGAAUCCAUGAAAGAUUGUGAACAAGCUAGCUUGAAUAUGGAUAAUAAUAUAAAAUUUUCUGUAUGGGUUUCUUUCUUUGAGAUUUACAAUGAAUCUAUUUAUGACUUGUUUGUUCCUGUAUUAUCUAAGUUCCAAAAGAGAAAGAUGCUACGCCUUUCACAAGAUGUAAAGGGCUAUUCUUUUAUAAAAGAUCUACAGUGGAUUCAAGUAUCUGAUUCCAAAGAAGCAUAUAGACUCUUAAAACUAGGAAUAAAGCACCAGAGUGUUGCCUUCACAAAGCUGAACAAUGCUUCUAGUAGAAGUCACAGCAUAUUCACUAUUAGAAUAUUACAGAUUGAAGAUUCUGAAAUGCCUCGUGUAAUGCGAGUCAGUGAAUUGUGUUUAUGUGAUCUUGCUGGUUCAGAAAGAAGCAUGAAGACACAGAAUGAAGGGGAAAGGUUAAGAGAGACUGGGAAUAUCAACACUUCUUUAUUGACUCUGGGAAAGUGUAUCAAUGUUUUGAAAAACAGUGAAAAGUCAAAGUUUCAACAACACGUGCCUUUCCGGGAAAGUAAACUGACCCACUAUUUUCAAAGUUUUUUUAAUGGUAAAGGGAAAAUAUGCAUGAUUGUCAACAUCAGCCAAUGCUAUUUUGCCUAUGAUGAAACGCUCAAUGUGUUGAAAUUCUCAGCCAUUGCACAAAAAGUUUGUGUUCCAGACAUUUUAAAUUCUUCUCAGGAGAAAUCAUUUGGACCUGCCAAGUCUUCUCAAGAUGUAUUAUUAGACAUUAAUAAUUCAGUUAAUAAAAUACUAAAUGUAAAAAGAUCCACAAUUUCAUGGGAAAGUGGUCUGGAAGACGUGGUGGAAGAUGAAGAUCUAAUUGAGGAUCUAGAAAAAGGUGAAGAAAACCAAAGUGUGGAAACUGAACUUAGUGAUGAAGAUCUAGAUAAAACAUUGGAGGAAGAUAAGGCUUUCAUUAGCCACGAGGAGAAGAGAAAACUGUUGGAUUUAAUCGAAGACUUGAAAAAAAAACUGAUAAAUGAAAGAAAAGAAAAGUUAACAUUGGAAUUUAAAAUUCGUGAUGAAGUUACACAGGAGUUUACUCAGUAUUUAGCUCAACGGGAAGCUGACUUUAAGGAAACUCUCCUUCAGGAACGAGAGAUACUUGAGGAAAAUGCUGAAUGUCGUUUGGCUAUCUUCAAGGAUUUGGUUGGUAAAUGUGACACUCAAGAAGAACCAGUGAAUGAAGAUUGUGCCAUGAAAGUUGAAACCAAAGAAGCACAUAAUUAUGUAGGAAUUGAAGAUAUUAUUGAAUCUCUUCAAGAUGAUGUCACUGAUAUUAAGAAACAGGCUGAAAUUGCUCACUUAUAUAUUGCAUCUCUUGCUGACCCCCAGGAAGCUAUUGCUUGUUUAGAAAUAAAGUUUAAUCAAGUUAAAGCUGAAUUAGCUAAAACCAAAGAAGAAUUAAUCAAAACCCAGGAAGAAUUAAAAAAGAGAGAAAAUGAAUCAGAAAUUAAUUUAAAUUCAUUGGUUCAAGAGCUUGAGAAAUCUAAUAAGAAAAUACUUAUGCAGAAUCAAAGAAUUCAAGAGUUGGUAGAUAUAAUUGAUCAAAAAGAGGAUACAAUCAACAAAUUUCAGAACCUAAAAUUUCAUACAGAAAACAUAUUUGCAAGCAUUGAUAAGGCUGGUACAUUUUCUUUAAUAAUAAACAAUAAAUUGGUUUCUAAUGAAACCGUUAAAGUGCCUGAGGAUGACAAAACCAAAACUGAUUUGGGAAGAAAAAGAAUAAAUAAAAAUGAACUUCAACUAGAAGAGCCACCAGCAAAGAAAGGACCUAUACAUGCUAGUCCAACUAAAACUGAAGAUGAAAAGAAAAGUGAAGAAAUGCAAAAGAGCAUUUCAGAAGAUGAGGGAGGCAUUAGAAUUUUACAAGAAAAUAGUGAAGAGCUGAAAACAUGUUUACUUACUACCGAAAAUGAACUUAAAAAUGAAAAGGAAGAAAAAGCAGAAUUAAAUAAAAAGAUUGUUAGUUUGCAGCAGGAACUUUCUUUUUCUGAAAAAAAGAGUUUUACUUUAAGUAUAGAGGUCCAACAAAUUCAGUCAAAUUAUGAUAAUGCAAUUUCUGAAUUACAUGUGCAGAGAAGUAUCAAUCAAGAACAGGAGGAAAAGAUUGUGAAAUUGUCAAAGGAAAUAGAAACUGCUAGGAACAACAUCGCAAAUAAUGUUUCACAAAUAAAAUUAAUGCAAGCAAAAAUAGAUGAACUACGAACGCUUGAAUCAGUUUCUCAGAUCUCAGACAUAGAUUUACUCAGUCUCAGGGAUCUGUCAAGUGCUCAAGAGGAUAAUUUGCCGAAUACCCAGUUACACCUUUUAGAGAAUGGUAAUUUGGUAAGUAAGCAGGUAAAAGAAUAUCAUACUCAAGAACUCAGUAGGGAAGGUUCUUUCCACUCUAGUAUUGAAGCCAUUUGGGAAGAAUGUAAGGAAAUUGUAAAGGCCUCUUCCAAAAAAAGUCAUCAGAUCCAGGAACUAGAACAACAAAUUGAAAAGUUACAGGCAGAAUUAAAAGGUUGUAUGGAUGAAAACAAUAGACUAAAAACAGAGGAAAAGGAGAAUAAAAAUCAAGGUGACCUACUAAAAGAAAAAGAAAAUCUUAUACAGCAGCUGAAACAAGAAUUGCAAGAAAAAAACAUUUCUCUUGAUGUUCAAGUACAACAUGUAGUUGAAGGGAAGAGAGCACUUUCAGAACUUACACAAGAUGUUACUUGCUAUAAGAUGAAAAUAAAGGAACUUGAAGCAAUCUUAGAAACUCAAAAAGAUGAAUGCAGUCAUUCAGCCAAAUUAGAACAAGAACUUUUGGAAAAGGGAUCUAUCAUCUUAAAGCUAGAAAGGAAUCUGAAGGAAUUUCAAGCAAAUCUUCAGGAUUCUAUCAAAAACACCGAAGACUUAAGUGUAAGGGAAGUCAAAUUGAAAGAAGAAAUCUCACAAUUAACAAGAAAUUUGCAAGAUGCAAAGCAUUCACUUCAGUUAAAGGAAGAAGAAAAGGAAAGCAACUGGCAAAAAGCAGAAAAGUUGAAAGAGGAGCUAUCUGCAAGCUAUGCUCUUACACAAAAUCUGAAAGCAGAUCUUCACAGGAAGGAAGAAGAUUAUGCUGAGCUGAAAGAGAAACUCACUGAUGCCAAAAAACAGAUUGAGCAAGUACAGAAAGAGGUAUCUGUAAUGCGUAAUGAGGAGAAAUUACUGAGGAUUAAAAUUAAUGAACUGGAGAAAAAGAAAAACCAGUGUUCUCAGGAAAUAGAUAUGAAACAGCGAACCAUUCAACAACUCAAGGAGCAGUUAAGUAAUCAGAACGUGGAAGAAACUAUACAACAGUAUGAGAGAGUGUGCAAAGAUCUAAAUGUUAAAGAGAAAAUAAUUGAAGACAUGCGAAUGACCCUGGAAGAACAGGAACAAACUCAGGUGGAACAGGAUCGAGUGCUUGAGGCUAAGUUAGAGGAAGCUGAAAGACUGGCCACAGAAUUGGAAAAAUGGAAGGAAAAAUGCAAUGAUCUGGAAGCCAAAAGUAAUCAAAGGUCAAAUAAAGAACUUGAGGAUAACACCGAUGUACUUAGUGAAAAGCUCAGUAAGCUUCAGGAUGAGUUACAGGAAUCUGAACAUAAAUAUAAAGCUGAUAGAAAGAAAUGGCUAGAAGAAAAAAUGAUGCUUAUCACUCAGGCAAAAGAAGCUGAGAAUCUCCGAAACAAAGAGAUGAAAAAAUAUGCUGAAGACAGAGAGCGUUGUUUAAAACAACAAAAUGAAGUGGAAAUACUUACAGCACAACUGGCAGAGAAAGAUGAGAACCUUCAGAAGUGGCGAGAAGAACGGGAUCAACUGGUUGCAGCUUUAGAAAUACAGCUGAAGGAACUGAUCUCCAGUAAUAUACAGAAAGAUAAUGAAAUUGAACAAUUAAAAAAGAUCACAUUGGAGCCUCCUGAAACAGAAGAACAAAAUGUGGAUAUCAAGCCUACACAUAUGAGUUCAAUGGAUCCUGGCAGAGUUGAAACGGAACCUCAAUCAACAAGUUUUGAAACUUCUAGAAAUGAAGUAGAGGAUGGCUCUGUAGUCCUUGACUCUUGUGAAGUGUCAACAGAAAAUAAUCAAACCACUCGAUUUCCAAAACCUGAGUUAGAGAUUCAAUUUACACCUUUACGGCCAAACAAAAUGGCAGUGAAACACCCUGGUUGCACUUUACCUGUGACGGUUAAGAUUUCCAAGGCCCGGAAGAGGAAGAGUAAUGAAAUGGAGGAGGACUUGGUGAAAUGUGAAAAUAAGAAGAACGCUACACCCAAACCUAAUUUGAAGUCUCCUGUUUCUGAGCAUAGAAAUUCUUCUGUCAAAAAGGAACAAAAGGUUUCCACACGUCCAACAUCUAAGAAAACAUACUCUUUACGUAGUCAGGCAUCCACAGUUAGUACAAAUGUGGCCACUAAGAAAAAAGAAGGAACAUUACAGAAAUUUGGAGACUUCUUACAACAUUCUCCAACAAUUCUUCAAUCAAAAGCAAAGAAGAUAAUUGAAACAAUGAGCUCUUCAAAGCUCUCAAAUGUAGAAGUAAGUAAAGGAAAUAUGUCUCGACCAAAACGGGCCAAACGGAAAUUGUACACAAAUGAAAUUUCAUCUCCUAUUGAUAUAUCUGGGCAAGUGAUUUUGAUGGACCAUAAAGUAAAGGAGAGUGAUCAUCAGAUUCUGAAACGACGACUUCGAACUAAAACAGCUAAAUAAAUCACUUACGGAGAAUGUUUUAAUAUAAGUUUUAUGUUCAUAAUCAUUGUAACUUGCAUCCUGACUUUUCAAAGAUAAUCGUAUAUAUUAUGAUGCAUUAAAUCCUGUGUAUACAUUGCUAUUUUAUACAUAGUAUAAUUUUAAUUCAAUAAAGACAAUAAGUCAACAGC